CCCAUAUCGAGACAUUCACAUCAAAGCGACGACGACGGUAAUCCGGCAAGGAAGAUUGAGAAGACUUCGGUUACGAAGAAAGCUGUGUAUCAUUUUACCCUCUUUGGGUGAGAAGCAUCCACCGGUCGUCAAGUAUCGAGUGAACCUCCAUUAUAGAAAUUCAUAGCGCUUCGCACCCCUUUACUCUGCCUUCUUCUUGACACUCUCGAUUUUGAUCAGUCGAGAGACACUUUGUAGCUCAAAUAGACGACUUCACUUUUGGUUAAGAACACAAGUACGAGAUAAGAUGGAAAAGACUGAUUUGGAGAAAGGGGGCGAGGGAAAUCAUGCUGUCAAAUCGGCAGUGUACGAUGGCAAGUUGACCGGGGUGGGAGUACCGGCGCAGGGGUUCUGGGGGAAGUUGGAUAAUUUCAAUAGGAGGUUGGAAGCGAAGUUGGGGAUUGAGUCGAGAGGUAUCGAGCGUGUUCCCGAGACCGCCAGAACAGAUAGAAGACUUUACGGUAACACCUUCAUUUGGCUCAGUGCCAAUUGCGUCCUACCCACCUUCGGUCUUGGUGUUCUCGGUCCACUGGUAUUCUACAUGAAUCUAGGAGAUUGUCUCCUCACCAUCUUCUUCUUCAACGCUCUCACUGCUCUCAUCCCCGCUUUCAUGUCCACCUUCGGUCCCAAACUCGGUUUACGUCAAAUGACCGUUUCGCGUUUCUCUUGGGGAUUCUGGGGAGCAAAAUUAGUCGCUUUACUCAAUUGUAUCGCUUGUGUCGGAUGGAGUAUAGUUAACACUAUAGCCGGAGCUCAAGCUUUGGAAACGGUAGCGGAUUAUCAUAUCUCCGCAGCUGUAGGAGUGGUCAUUAUAGCUUUAGCAACUUUGGUAAUCGGUUUAUGUGGUUACAAAUUCGUUCAUCGAUACGAACAAUUCUCUUGGAUUCCAACUGCCAUUACGUUCCUCGUCUUAUUAGGCGUAUCAGCAAAACAUCUCGUAUCACUUCCCAUGCCCACAGGACAAGCUGAAGCUGCGAGUGUGUUAAGUUUUGGAGGUGCAAUCUUUGGGUUCACAGUAGGAUGGAGUUCUUUAGCAAGUGAUUAUAAUGUUUAUAUGCCCGCAGAAGCGAAAUCUUGGAAAGUAUUCGGUUGGACUUAUUUAGGUUUGAUAGUUCCUACUGUGUUGGUCAUGUGGUUAGGCGCUGCUGUCGCGUCAGCCGCUUUGGUAAUGGAUGAUUGGUUUGAUGCUUAUCAGGAGCAUGAGUUAGGUGGGUUGUUAGGAGCUGUUUUGAUUACUCCUUUACAUGGAGGUGGAAAGUUUUUCAUGGUUUUAUUGGUACUUUCCGUAGUAGCGAAUAAUAUAAUAAAUGUCUACUCCAUGGGUCUCUCCGUCUCCGUCAUUGCAGUAUGGCUUGCCGCCCUUCCUCGACUCAUCUGGCCAUUCGUCAUCACAGCCAUUUAUAUUCCCUUGGCCAUUGUCGGUGCGAAUCACUUUGCUGAUAGUCUGGAAGAUUUCUUGAACGUUCUCGGCUACUGGCUUGCGAUUUACUCCACCGUGGUCAUUGAAGAACAUAUCAUAUUCCGUAAAAGAGACUUUGCUUCUUACCGAGCUGCGGAAACUUGGAAUCGGAGCGAUCUCUUACCUGUUUCCUUUGCAGCUAUUUUGGCUGGUUGUGUGGGUGUAGCGGGAGCUGUUUUGGGUAUGGCUCAGAUAUGGUAUAUCGGUCCUAUCGGAAAGAAAGUAGGUGGGACUGCCGACAUUUACGGAGGAGAUAUAGGUUUCGAACUUGCCGCUGCUUUUACGGGAUUGAUGUACCCACCUUUGAGAUGGUUAGAACUCAAGUAUAUGCGUCGAUAGUUAGAACUCCAAAGGUCGGUCACAUGGGAUUCGAGAUAGAUUUUUGUGUUUGUUAGGAUUUUACAUGCAGUUGUCUUUCUUCUAG